CGGCAUUAACCGACGCAGGCUCAGUCGCCCGCGACUUUAGCACGCGUUACGAUUGGAUUGUUCUUCCUUUACUUUGGAAAAAAUUACAAAUACAAAACGAAUGCGCGCAAAAGAAAAAUUUAAACCGCUACCGGCAUUAACACGCGCGUUUUUUUCAAUUCAAAUUUUAAAACAAAUUAAAUUGAUUUUUAAAAAAUAGAAUUUUUCGGAUAUUCUAAAAGAGUGAAAUAAACUAUUUUUUUUUAUUUAGUCAAUAUAAUAUUUGUGAUUGAUAAUUUGAUAACAAUCGUUAUAAAUCAAAAAUUAAACGAAACAGUAAUUAGAAUUAAAGAGUAAAAAAUUUUGACGAGUGAUAAUUUUUUUUAAAUUAUUGAUAUCGAACGGAGUGUUUAUUUUACCGUCGCACGUGGAUUGGAAAAACACGUGUGCGAUCGAUUGUAAAUACAUGAUUAGGAUCUGUUGUUAUUUAAAUCGGGAAUUUUUUUGAUGGACGUUUUUUGUUUGUUUGAUGAGAUUUUUCUUUUUGAGUGAAAUAUAGAGGGGAAAAAAAAAAUUGUUUCAGUGAGUGUUGAGCAUUAAAUGCUCCAAUCAUUGAUGAUAAAUGAAGGAAGCGAGUAUCACGCCUUGGGAGAUAAAUCUUGAUUCACUCGUUAUGUUCUCCUGAAACGGUGCUUAGAAAAUAGUGCAUUGCACAGAAAUCGAAUGAUAGAAAACAAAGGAAAGAGCAAGGACCGGGAAUGAUGUAAGUGUUGUGCGGAUUAGAGGUCGUCAAUAGACGAACUUGAAGAUGUCGAGAGAUUGGACGGUGUUGAGAUGGCAAUUUUUUUGCCUAAUUUUAUUGGGAUUUUGGUUUGUGGAUGGUAGACAUCAUCAGGAUGAUGAUGAUAAUCAAGUGGUGCAUCGACACAGACACAGGCACGAAUCGCCAUCAUCUCCACAAUCAUCAUCAUUAUCAUCAACAUCAUCGCGAUGGCAUCACAAUUAUCCCCGUUCAUGGAGAGACGAUGAAGACUACAAUGAUGCUGAUGACGAAUCAGAAAAUGAUUACCAUUCGCAAUUAUACUCUAGAAGUUAUUUAAAAAAUUAUCGCGAUAAAUAUGAUUCAAGACAUUUUCCCUAUUAUCGCGAUAAGCAAGCAUUCUCCACUAGACGUCGCAAGACACAUUUUGGAAGUAGAGCCAGAAAUCAUAGAAUUCGUCCCAGUAGAGACAGGACCCGUAAGAAUUCCUGGGAAUAUGAUGAUGAUGAUGAGGAUACGGAUUACUAUGACUACGAUAAAUUGAAUCGAUACGAUGAUGAUUCAAACGAGGACGAGGAAUUCUAUCCAAUUAGAAGGAUGUCCCGUAAACACAUGAGAAUGGGAGAUUAUGAGAAUGAUGACAGUAAGGGUCGUCUAGAAAGGUGGGACUGGAAGUUUAAGAACUCGAUUCGCAAGGACGUUGGGAGAGAUCGUAGACGAAAAUUCAGAAACUCGCGAAACAGGUUUCAUGAUCUCGAUAAUGAUAAUGAUGAUGAUAGAUUUGUUCGAAAAAUUUCUAAACUAAACGUUACGAGGCACGAUUAUGACAAAACAUUUGACGACGAUCUUUUCCUCGACGAUGAAGAAAACGAAACUGAAGAUUAUGACGAUGACACUUGGUACCCGACAGAAGAGAGAAGAAGAUAUCCAAAAGACAGAAAAUACGAUGAAGAAAGAUAUCGAAAAUACGAUGAAGAAAGAUAUUCAAAAGAUCGAAAGUCCAAUGAAGAAAGAUACCGAAAACCGAAAAGUGAAUUUCCCAAAUAUUCCCCGGACAACGAAUAUUCCUCGGCGGAAAGUAAAUAUUCGAGUAAAUCUUUCGAUACUUUCGAAAAACUUCCAGACAAACUGAACGAUGAUGAUGAAGAUAAUGGAAUGUUUCCAGUAGAAGAUGAAUUAAAGAACGAUUUCUACGAGAACGAUGUAAAACCAUCAAUGAAGAAAUAUGACGACAUCAUUAGACGCCUCACAUCCAACGAUCCAACAACGCCAAAAAGUGAAGUUCGACGUGAUUAUCGGAACAUUGAAAUUGGAAAGUAUCUGAAACGGGACGCCUAUGGAAAUUUAAAGUACGAACCGAAAAAUAUGACGAAAAUUGAUCUCGAUUUUGUGACAAUAGGCAAUAUUGAGACAACAACCGAAAAAAUUGAAGAAAACUUGAAUUCGUCCUCAAAUCGAAUUGAUGGUGAAAUAACGAUAAAAGUUGUUCCUGGUGUUUUGAAUUUAACAAAAAGUUCCGAGCAGGACUAUGAUUAUGGAGGUAACGAGCAGGAUGACGAUCCCAGUACGCAGACAGAUGGAAAUAAUGCGGUAAGAGAAAUUUUUUUUAUUGCUAUUUAAUUUGUUUAUUUGCAU